AUGGAUGCAACUUCAGGCAAUCCCAAAGCGAUUGGAUGGAUUUAUAAUAUUGCCGACAAAGACUUGUACAAGAUAGAACUUCUCGGAGGUUUCAAGUUUACCGACUUGGAUGAUAGUGAAAAGUGGAAAACAUGCAUCUUCGAGAGCCCGUGCAUUGGAGCGCCUUUGCCAGGAGUAACAAUGCAAGACCUACCACCCGUCGGGCCCAACCGAACCCAAAUAACAACGAAACCACAAUACACUCCCCUCAGUUGUGCGAUUGAGGCCCUUGAAACGUACAGCGAUGCAUAUGCCACUUAUACUAAUGAUGGGCAGUGCUAUGCGAUGAGAAAUGAUUCUGACUAUCAUCAAGAAAGAGUUUGGCCCAUAUUUGAAGUUAAAGAAGAUGCCACAAAGCAACAUACGUUUUGCUUUCUAAAAAGCAGGAACAAAUGCGGACCUCCCAACUCGGAAGUUGAAGCAACAGUCGUUCCAGGAGUAUCAUUGAAGGGGAUGUUCUUUCUGGGUGGCGAUUAUAAAACUUAUGACAAUGUUGAGGACUGUGCGUUGUUCUCGUUUGCGAAAAGACGAGAAACUGGCCAAGACUCCUUCGGAUACUCUCUGUACAACUCCUCCACUUCGGGGGGUCACUCCUACAAGUGUGUAGUUCCCGAGAGUAUGUGGAAUCUAGAGGGGGCGAUCUCAAUACAGGAGGCAUGCGUGCAGUUUUCGAUAUUUAAACAAAACUAA